AUGCGCCCCGGGGGCGCGCGGCGCGCAGGGCUCUCCGGGCCCCCGGGAAUGCUGCACCGAGCCAAGUACAGCCGCUUCCGGAACGAGUCCCUCACCUCCCUGGACGAAGGCGGCAGCCCCGCCGGAGGAGGCUCCGCGGGGACCAAGGGCUCGCCCCAGCCUCCCUCCCCGGCCCCGGCCCCGCACCUGCCCGCCACCGCCGCCGCCGACGAUGCCACCGCGCCCGCCCCGGACAGCCCCACCCCGCUGUGCGCCCUGGUCCCCCGCCUGGCCAGCGUGAAGCUCACCAACCCCGUCACUUUGUGGAGUCUCAAAAACUUCUGCCUGGGGACCAAAGAGGUGCCCCGGCUGAAGCUCCAGGAGAGCCAGGACCCAGCCCCCCGAGGACCCCCGGAAAGCGCGCCGUGCGGCAGUAGGACGGGGGCUGCACCCGCACUGCCACCGCCGCCGCCUCCAGUGUCCCCCUCCUCGCCGCCCGCCGCCCGCCCGCUGCCCGGCCCCGCGGAGCCCGGCCCCCGGGCCCGGCCGGACAGACACUUCCCCAAACACUUGUUGGCCCUGGGCAUGAACUACUGCGUGAGGUACAUGGGCUGUAUUGAAGUACUUCAAUCCAUGAGGUCACUGGAUUUUGGAAUGAGAACCCAAGUCACAAGGGAAGCAAUAAGUCGCCUGUGUGAAGCAGUCCCUGGGGCAAAUGGAGCCAUUAAAAAGCGAAAGGCCCCGGUUAAGUUGCUAUCAACAGUUCUUGGCAAAAGUCAUCUUCAGUUUUCGGGAAUGAACAUACAACUGACUAUCUCAACAUGUAGCCUCACACUGGUGAAUCCGGACAAUCAACAGAUUAUUGCCAAUCAUCAUAUGCAGUCUAUUUCAUUUGCCUCAGGAGGGGAUCCUGAUACUACAGACUAUGUUGCCUAUGUAGCUAAAGAUCCAGUUAAUCAACGAGCGUGUCACAUACUAGAAUGUCGCAGUGGAAUGGCCCAAGAUGUCAUAAGUACUAUAGGGCAAGCCUUCGAGCUCCGGUUUAAACAGUACUUGAAAAAUCCUUCUCUGAAUACGUCUUGUGAAAGUGAGGAGGCGCAUGUGGAUAGCCAGGCCGAGGAAGGAGAAGAUCACGAAUACUACAAUGAAAUCCCAGGAAAGCAGCCACCUGCAGGUGGCCUCUCAGAUGUGCGGAUUAAAGUUCAAACCACAGAACACAUGGCUUACUGCCCCAUCCGGUGUGAGAAGUUGUGCUAUUUACCUGGCAAGUCCAAGUGCAGCAGUGUAUAUGAGAACUGUCUGGAGCAAGGCCGGGUGACAGGUAACGCCCACGAGCGAGGGCCACAGUCCCAGCCAGAUGCGUCCUUCACGAAGCACGCGUGCCGAGUGGAUCUCUUUGAUGAUCCCUGCUACAUUAACACCCAGGCUCUUCCCAGUAGCCUUGGUUCUGCUCGAAGUCAAAGCUCAGCUCCACCCCUGGGCAGCCCGUGGCACGGAGGAAAGGCACCGGAAACCAUGCAGCCGGGGGCCACGGCCCAGCCCCCCAGCUCCCGUCCUCUGCCACACAUCAGGCAGCAGCUGUGGAAUGAAGAAUGCUACCAUGGCAGGCUGAGCCGCAAGGCCGCAGAGAGCCUGCUGGUAAAGGAUGGGGACUUUUUGGUUCGAGAGAGUGUCACGUCCCCUGGCCAGUACGUACUGAGUGGACUACAGGGAGGCCAGGCCAAACACGUUCUCCUGGUGGAUCCCGAAGGCAAGGUGAGGACCAAGGAUCAUGUCUUCGAUAAUGUUGGCCACCUCAUCAGAUACCAUAUGGAUAAUAGUUUGCCAAUCAUCUCUUCUGGGAGUGAAGUAAGCCUUAAGCAACCAGUGAGGAAAGACAAUAAUCCAGGACUUUUGCUUCCCAAGAAAUGACAACACCAUCAGGGUGAUUUUCAAGAAAUUCCAUUUCUGAACCAUAAUUCAGACUUUGUCUCUAGAUAAAGCAGAGCACAAACUGUGAAGUUCAUCUUCCAGAGACCAUCGCAGGCUAGGUCUUUUAUAAAAACAACUAACAAUAUACCUUUAGAGAGUGCAAGUCAGAAGGAGGGAAGACGAUUGGUCUAUUUGAAAAGAAAUGAUACAUUUGCACGGAUGUCACUUUUUAAGGUCAUACUACAUUGAUAGCAAGCUAAAAGCACAAUUAAAAUUUCACAUGCUAACGAUUCAACUCGAACUGCUCACGCAGUGGAUUGUGCCUUUCAACUUGAUAAUCUGGGGACAUUUUCAUAUGGGGGAGAUGAGUUUAAAGUGUCUUCACGUUCUAUAACUACAGAACCAUUUGCCAAAAAUAAGGGGUUUUUUUCCUUGCGAAAAAUAUAAGAUGCAAUUUACCUGAUAGUUACUGACUUUCUUACAUGUUCUGUUUAUCAGCCUUUUUUUUUCACUGCAGUAUUA